UAACCUAAACAGUUAAGUAUAGUCUAGUGACUUCAUUCAUCAAUUAUUAUUGAAUUGCGCAGUGUGUUGGGACGACGUAUCUGCAGAAACAAAUAGGAAACCGUCUCGCUUGUAAAUCCCCUUAAACUGUAAAUUUGAAUUGCUACGUAGAGAUGACAUAGCACGUUUGACAAAUCUAUUACUUCACUUUGAUAACGUUGCAGUAUUUAUCAGGUAACUACCGUGUCACCAUGAAUCGAAUAAUAAUAUUUGGGGCUACUGGGAAUACAGGAUUAUGUGCUUUAAAUGAUGCUGUAAAGAAAGGAUUAAAAGUAAGAGCAUUCGUGAGAGAUGAAAACAAAAUCCCGACAAAUUUGAAAGAUAAAAUAGAAACAUUUGUUGGGGAUGUUACUAAUGCUGAACAAGUAUCAGAUGCAAUAUCUGAUAGAGAUGGGGUGGUUGUUGUCCUUGGUACAAGAAAUGAUUUAAGUCCUACUACAGUGUUAUCUCAGGGUAUGAAAAAUAUAAUAGAUGCUAUGAGAACCCAUAAUGUAAAAGUGGUAUCUGUUUGUUUGUCUGCAUUCUUAUUCUAUAAACCUGAAGCAGUGCCUGCUAUAUUUAAGGACUUAAAUGCAGAUCAUCAACGUAUGUUUGAUCUACUCAAGGCAAGCGAAUUUCAGUGGAUUGCCGUAUUACCGCCACAUAUUGCUGAUGCACCAAGUUCGAAGUAUGUAAUCAAGCACGAUGAAUCUCCAGGUCGUGCUAUUUCUAAAUAUGAUUUAGGUGCUUUCCUUGUCGAAAGCCUUCAGAAAGCAGAACAUUAUCAGAAAGUUUGUGGUAUAGCAACUGCUUCUUAGUAUAAUUUGACACAUGAUCAUACAUGAAUAAAAAUUAUUUUAAUGUUAUCUUUGGAUAAUCUAUUAAAUUAGAUAAAGGUAAUUACA